GGUGGCAGGGGUAAGCGUGUGCGUGUGCGUGUGCGUGAGCGUGUGUGUCUGCGUGCACGUGCCUGCACUCUCCUGCUUGCGUGUGAGUGCAUGUCUGUACUCGCUUGCGUGUGUGUGAGCAUGCGUGUGUGUGCACGUGCCUGCACUCUCCUGCUUGCGUGUGAGUGCAUGUCUGCACUCGCUUGCGGUGUGUGAGCAUGCGUGUGUGUGCACGUGUCUGCACUCUCUCGCCUGUGCGUGUGUGUGAGCACGUGUGUGUGAGCAUGUGCCUGCACUGUCUCGCCUGCAUGUGUAUGUCCUUGCUGCCCACGGCUCGGGCCUGGAGGCUCUGCCUGGAGGACGGAGCGGCUGCGGGGAGUUGCCCGCCCUUUGGUGGUUGGGGCUGCUUAGCCUGGCAAUCUGGGGCACUGGUGUUUGGUCCCAGGCCACAGGGGCAGGCGGUGCUGCUGUUUGUGUGCUGUGGCAUCUGGGUCAGCCCCGUGGGACGUCUGGGGGAAGCCUGGGCUGGGGAAGCCUGGGCUGGGGAAGCCUGGGCUGGGAGCUGGCAGACCUGGGUUUGGGUCCCAGCCCUUCUGCCUGCCAGCCUCAGCUGUGUGACCUUAGGCAGCCACUCUGCCUCUCUGGGCUCAGUUCUGAAUCUAUAAGAUGGUGACAGCGCCUUAGCAUGUUGUGAAGAUGAGAGGGGGUGAGAGGGUGGACACUGGGUGUGACAGGAGUAGCUGAUCUUGUGACUACAAGGAGCUAUUUAGGGUGCCCGAGAGUCCAGGAAGGGGUGGAGGGCAGGAACCUUGUGUCGUUUUGUAAACCCCACAGCAUGGGGUUGGGCGUAGAUGUUUAGUGCUCAGUAAAUGCCUCUUGUGGAGUAAAGGCUGAUUCGUUUAGAUUAAGAGGUUGUAAAGUAGUGGGCUGCAUCACUUAAAAUUUUAAAAUAAGCUGCCAACAUUUAAAAAAUCAUUCUUUCAUGCAGAAACCAGAUUGUAGCUGUCUAAUCGCCGUGGACACUGAGCAGGCUUGGGCUCGACCCUCGAGGUGUCGCCCCUGUUAGGCAGGUGCCAAGGGCCGUGGACGCCUGCCCAGGCACGGAAGGAGCCAGAAUCCCUGGCGAAUGGCCCCUCAUUCCACUCCCAAAUAUGCAGUUUCCCCAUUUUAUUCCUGGGGUUUGUGGUAAGGGUCCAGCGACUUCUCGGGGAAGAAGAGCCCAGGGUGGCUGCUGGAAUUGAGGCAGCCCCGGGACCGCCCAGCAGCGGGUGCUGAUUGGCUCCUCCCUUGCACUCAGGGACUCUGGGUACCCUGCUCAUUUGCCUUUGGGCUCUCCUGGCCGCCUUCCCUCCUCUGGACCCCCUUUCCUUUGCAGCUUGUGCUGGCGGCUGGUCAUUUGUGCCCUUUGUGACUACCCUGAGCCUUCCCAUGCCUCUCGGCCUCCUCGCCCUCUGCCUCCAGCCUGUCCCUCAUCCAAGGCAGGCCUGGAGGACGCGGGGGCCUAGACUCUUGGUCCACGGCUGUUCACGUAGUGCAGAGUUCCUGUUGGGUGUAUGGCAGCUGUCCCCAAGCCCUGACUGCUCUGUGUGUGGGCUGCACAUUGUUGUUAACUUCCUCCCUUUGGAGACAGACUGGGAGCCCUGAGGGGAGAGCGCCGGCCUGCACGCAGCUGUAGCGGCUGGCAGGCCAUAGGUGCGAUGGACAAGCCAUUUUGGAAUAAAUGAAUGUGCUAAGGAGUGAAUGGUGCUGGGGAAAGAGGGAGCCCAGCUGGGCUCCGCGUUGCAAUCCUGGGGUCUUCUCCCAACUUUGUUACAAAAAGUCCACUGUGUGCCCUCUCUGAGACUCAGCUUCCUUUUGUGUGAAGUGGGCUUGCAAACUUCUCAAAUCUAUUUUGGAGAAAAUGUGGUCUUUGUGGAAGCUUAAUGUAACAUAGAUGUGGGAGGAUGCCCUGGCCAAAGUGCUCGUGGGGGCUUGAGCCUGUGUCCCUCCACCGCCCCAUCCCAUCUGGGCCCUGAGACACGUCCCCGGAUCCCAGGGCUCCCAGGAUCACAGCUUGAAACCCUCUGGACCUGGAGGCACAAGACUUACUGCAAAGCCCCAGUAAUCUGGUGAACACGGCAUUUGCACCAGGCCCGUGGGGACAGAACAGAACCAGGAAGCAGACCCCACGUGCGUGGGCACCUGAUUUCCAGCAGAGGUGGCUCCACUGCAGUUCAGAGAGGAGAGGGCGGUCGGCGCACUGAGCGUUGCUGGGGUAGUUAGAUAUCCGCCCGGAAAACAGAAAUGAACAUUGAUCCCUGCCUCUCGGCAUACACAGAACGAGAUGGCAUGGGUUGAAGGCCUACGUGUGAAGGUCAAACAGUGAAAGCUGCAGAGCAGUGCUGGCCCUGGAAGUGUCUGUGAGGACAGCUCGGGACCCGAGUGCGGGAGCCGCCUGGCCCGCCUUGCCCAUGGAGCUGCGGGCGCCCGGGGCUUCUCGCCGGCCGCAGGUCUAGGCCCACGGGAGCUGCAGCGCAUACGUGCCCAGGCCUGGGGCCUCCGGGCGGCGCGAGCGUAGAGGAUGCCGGCCAAGGGGCGCUACCUCCUUAACGAGGGCGAGGAGGUUCCGGACCAGGACGCGCUCUACGAGAAGUACCGGCUCACCAGCCAGCACGGGCCGCUGCUGCUCACGCUCCUGCUGGUGGCCCUGUCUGCCUGCGCGGCCCUCAUCGUCAUCGCCUUCAGCCGCGGGGACCCGUCUGGACAGCAGGCUGUGCUGGGCACGGCGUUCUUCUCGCUCGUGGUGUUCGCGGCCCUCUACGUGCUGGUGUGCACCGAGUGCUUGCUCCGGCGGUGGCUCAGCGCCUGGGCGCUGCUCGCCUGGGCCUGCCUGGUGGCGCUGGGCUACGUGCUGGUGCUCGACGCGUGGACGGACGCGGCCUGUGCGUGGGACCAGGUGCCCUUCUUCCUGUUCGUCGUCUUCGUGGUGUACACACUGCUGCCCUUCAGCACGCGGGCCGCCGUCGCCGUGGGCGCCGUCUCCACCGCCUCCCACCUGCUGGUGCUCGGCGCCCUGACGGGGGCCUUCUCCACGCCCAGCGUCCAGGCGGCACUGCAGCUGCUGGCCAAUGCUGUCAUCUUCCUGUGCGGGAACCUCACGGGCGCGUUCCACAAGCACCAGAUGCAGGACGCCGCCCGGGACCUCUUCACCUACACCGUGAAGUGCAUCCAGACCCGCCGCAAGCUGCGCAUUGAGAAGCGCCAGCAGGAGAACCUGCUGCUGUCCGUGCUGCCGGCCCACAUCUCCAUGGGCAUGAAGCUGGCCAUCAUCGAGCGGCUCAAGGAGCAUGGGGACCGGCGCCACCUGCCCGACAACAACUUCCACAGCCUCUACGUCAAGCGGCACCAGAACGUCAGCAUCCUCUACGCGGACAUCGUGGGCUUCACGCGGCUGGCCAGCGACUGCUCCCCCAAGGAGCUGGUGGUGGUGCUGAACGAGCUCUUCGGCAAGUUCGACCAGAUCGCCAAGGCCCACGAGUGCAUGCGGAUCAAGAUCCUGGGCGACUGCUACUACUGCGUGUCCGGCCUGCCCGUGUCGCUGCCCACGCACGCCCGGAACUGCGUGAAGAUGGGGCUGGACAUGUGCGAGGCCAUUAAGCAGGUGCGGGAGGCAACGGGCGUGGACAUCAACAUGCGCGUGGGCAUACACUCGGGGAACGUGCUGUGCGGAGUCAUCGGGCUGCGCAAGUGGCAGUACGACGUGUGGUCCCACGACGUGUCCCUGGCCAACAGGAUGGAGGCGGCCGGAGUCCCCGGCCGGGUGCACAUCACAGAGGCGACGCUGAACCACCUGGACAAGGCGUACGAGGUGGAGGACGGGCACGGGCAGGAGCGUGACCCCUACCUGAAGGAGAUGAACAUCCGCACCUACCUGGUCAUCGACCCCCGGAGCCAGCGGCCGCCGCCCAGCCAGCACCUGCCCAGGCCCAAGGGGGACGCCGCGGCGCUGAAGAUGCGGGCGUCUGUGCGCGUGACCCGCUACCUCGAGUCCUGGGGCGCCGCGCGGCCCUUCGCGCACCUCAGCCACCGCGCGAGCGUGAGCAGCGGCGAGACCCCUGUCCCCAGUGGGCAGAGGACCAAGGCCAUUCCCCUGCGGCACCGCCGGACCCCUGACAGGGCCGCGCGCCCCAAGGGGCGGCCGGAGGACGACUCGUACGAUGACGAGAUGCUGUCGGCCAUCGAGGGGCUCAGCUCCACCAGGUGCAGCCCAGCCCGUCUCCACGCCGCCCCCAGGCCCUGCUGCUCCAAGUCCCACGACUUCCACACCUUCGGCUCCAUCUUCCUGGAGAAGGGCUUCGAGCGAGAGUACCGCCUGGCGCCCAUCCCCCGCGCCCGCCACGACUUCGCCUGUGCCGGCCUCGUGUUCGUCUGCAUCCUGCUCGUGCACGUCUUGCUGAUGCCCAGGACAGCGGCUCUGGGUGUGUCCUUCGGGCUGGUGGCCUGUGUGCUGGGGCUGGUGCUGGGCCUGUGCUUUGCCAGUGAGCCCUCGAGGUGCCGCCCAGCCCGCGGGGCGCUCCGGACCAUCUCCGAGAGGGUGGAGACGCAGCCCCUGCUGAGGCUGUCCCUGGCCGUCCUGACCAUCGGCGGUGUGCUCACCGUCGCCGUCGUCAACCUGCCACUGACGCCGUUCCCCGCCCUGGAGCUGCCCGAGGGCAACGUGACGGACCUGCAGGAUGCGAGUGUGGGGGAGAGGACCCUGUGUGCGCGCCUCCUCCCGUAUUAUGCCUGCAGCUGCAUGCUAGGCUUCAUCGCCUGCUCCGUCUUCCUGCGGAUGAGCCUGGAGCCGAAGGUCGUGCUGUUGACCGUGGCCCUGGUGGCCUACCUGGUGCUCUUCAACCUGUCCCCGUGCUGGCAGCAGGACUGCUGUGGCCACAUCCCGGGCAACCUCACCAACACCACUGGCACUCUCAGCAUCGUCCCCAGAUGUUCCUGGAGGCACCUGAAGACCAUGAUCAAUUUCUACCUGGUCCUGUUCUAUGCCACCCUCCUCUUGCUCUCCAGACAGAUUGACUAUUACUGCCGCCUGGACUGUCUGUGGAAGAAGAAGUUCAAGAAGGAGCACGAGGAGUUUGAAACCAUGGAGAACGUGAACCGCCUUCUUCUGGAGAACGUCCUGCCAGCCCAUGUGGCAGCUCACUUUAUUGGUGACAAGUUAAAUGAGGACUGGUACCAUCAGUCCUACGACUGCGUCUGUGUCAUGUUCGCCUCGGUGCCGGAUUUCAAAGUGUUCUACACGGAGUGCGACGUCAACAAGGAAGGCCUGGAGUGCCUGCGGCUGCUCAACGAGAUCAUCGCCGACUUCGACGAGCUGCUGCUCAAGCCCAAGUUCAGUGGUGUGGAGAAGAUCAAGACCAUUGGCAGCACAUACAUGGCAGCUGCAGGGCUCAGCGUCACCCCGGGGUACGAGAACCAGGACCUGGAGCGGCAGCACGCCCACAUCGGCGUCAUGGUGGAGUUCAGCAUCGCCCUCAUGAGCAAGCUGGACGGCAUCAACAGGCACUCCUUCAACUCCUUCCGCCUUCGCGUCGGCAUAAACCACGGGCCUGUGAUUGCUGGAGUGAUCGGGGCUCGAAAGCCUCAGUAUGACAUCUGGGGAAAUACGGUCAAUGUGGCCAGCCGGAUGGAGAGCACUGGAGAACUUGGGAAAAUCCAGGUUACUGAAGAGACAUGCACCAUCCUCCAGGGCCUAGGGUAUUCCUGUGAAUGUCGUGGGCUAAUUAAUGUUAAAGGCAAAGGCGAACUAAGGACUUAUUUUGUCUGUACAGACACUGCCAAGUUUCAAGGGUUGGGGCUGAACUGAGGGCUUCUGCUGGAUUCAGAACACGCUGGGAAGCCAGUUUCCUCCCCUGAAGCAAGCCAAGGAGAAGACUCAGCCAACACCAGGCACAAAGGCACUUAAUGGGCUUGGCUGUGAGUGGCUUCUUUGGACUUGUGCUAGAGGUUUCUUGGACAAGUGCACCAGAUCCCGGCUUAAGGCAACUUCUGAGCCGUAACACACGGUGGCAGCCAGAACCUCUGUGCUGUUGGUCAGUAAGGGUUUCCGGGUCAGCUGGAAAGGGAUCACUGGUACAACUACUGUACUUGUGACCUUGAGAUCUUGUUCCCUGAAGUACUGUGGAGGCGAUCUUGGAACAUGACCAAAACACAUGUCCAUCUCAGUGGCCUGUGAGCAUGCCCAAGGGAGACUUAUGCCUUCUAGCUAGAGUGGAUUAAGAUGAGCUGGAUGGAAGAUUCCCUUCUCCCUAGCAAGACUGGCUAUGGGAUUCUGUGUUUCUCACAUUGGCAUCCUGGUGAAUGGAAUUGGAAAGUGUUUUAUAUCUGUAAAUGGUUUCAAACAGUAGAAGAGAAAAAAAAUUAACAUUUACUUCUUGCCA